CUGAGAGGUCUUCGAUAAGUACGACACCGUCAGAGAUUAACUACCACAGUCAAGUGGUUGCCUCACAAGUCACAACUUCCAAAAUCCGACCUUGGGUUUUUCUCACCAAACCCAACUGUCCCUUUCUAUCUCUCUUCAAAAGAAACCCUAAAUUCUUGAUCCUUUUCAUUUCAAACAUGGAAUUCUCACUUUCCCGUAAUUUCAAUUCCAUCCAAAGGGGUUGGUUAUCAAUCGAAACCCUAGCCAUCCCUCUAUUCUUCUCCAUUUUCGUCGCGAUCUACCUCAUCGCCUACUUCAUCGUCUUCCAGAAAUGGAGCCCCAAGCUCCGACCCGAAGCCUCCAGCUGCUUAAUCUCACUCGCCCACGGCACGCCCGCGGUUCUCUUAGCCACGUACUCCAUACUCGCCGACUCAACCCGCGGAUUCGCCUCGCCUAACACAAAAGCCGAGAACUUGGUCCUCGACUUCAGCAUUUCCUACUUCUCAACCGACCUCCUCCACUACACCGUCUUCUACCCGCGCGACCUCCUCUUCAUCGGCCACCACUUGGCUACGCUCUUCGUCUUCGUCACGUGCCGGUACGUGGCGUCCCACGGCGCGUGCGCAAUACUCGCUCUCCUCAUCCUCGCCGAGGUCACUAGCGCGUGCCAGAACGCGUGGACACUCGCGGGCGCUCGCAGGAACGACGUCGUAUUCGCCGCGAAGCUGUACGGUCUUCUGUCCCCACCCUUUUACACCUUGUAUUCGAUCUCUCGGGGCUUCCUGGGGCCCUACUUCGUGUACGAGAUGUGUGUAUUCUAUGCGAGUGGGGCAGCGAACAGUUUGAUCCCGACGUGGGUCUGGGUUUCUUGGAUUGUGGUAGUUGUUGCUGCCAUUUGUGUCAGCAUAUUGUGGAUUUCGAAUCUCUGGGUUGAGUUCUACAGAGAAAGAGUGGGCAAAUUGGAAAAGAAAAUUAAAUAGAUUGAAUUGAAAGAAUUUUCUUCCUUAAUGUUUCUCAUCAGAAUUCAGAAGAACUGGGUUUGCAGAUAUUUGUAUCACUUUUUUAAAUGUAGCUUUGUUUUUUUCCGUUUAUUCAACGCUUUAACUUUUGGAUUAUUCGUUGACUUUUCAUCCAAUUGGCAUUCAAAGUGUCAAUCUCAACUGUAUGAUGCAUUAUGUAUAAAAUAUAAAUCAGCUAUUCUCUCUC